UGGCCUCUGAGUCUGGCCUCCUCCCGCCAGUUUGCGGACUGGGCAGAGUCUUGCUCUCCGCGUGCGCGUGUCUUUGGCUGCAGCUAGUUCCUAACCCCCCGCUCCGUGUCGCCAUGCCGGCAGACGUCAGCAAGUGGACCGGGCCCUUGAGCCUGCAGGAAGUGGAGGAGCAGCCCAAGCACCCACUGCGGGUCGCUUAUGGCGGGGUGGAGGUCGACGAGCUGGGCAAAGUGCUGACGCCCACCCAGGUUAAAAACAGACCCACCAGCAUUUCCUGGGAUGGUCUGGAUCCAGGGAAACUCUACACCUUGGUCCUGACAGACCCGGAUGCUCCCAGCAGGCAGUCUCCCAAAUUCAGGGAAUGGCACCAUUUUCUGGUGGUCAACAUGAAGGGUAAUGACAUCAGCAGUGGCACGGUCCUCUCUGACUAUGUGGGCUCCGGGCCUCCCAGUGGCACAGGCCUCCACCGCUAUGUUUGGCUGGUCUACGAGCAGGACAAACCUCUAAAGUGUGAUGAGCCCAUCCUCAGCAACCGAUCUGGGGACCACCGUGGCAAGUUCAAGGUGGCAGCCUUCCGCAAGAAGUACCAGCUCGGGGCCCCCCUGGCCGGCACGUGUUACCAGGCUGAGUGGGAUGACUACGUCCCCAAACUAUACGAGCAGCUGUCUGGGAAGUAGGGGAAACGCCAAGGUUUUAUGGUCCUGAGACCCCACGCAGUGUUCUCGAGUUCCGUUCAGUGAUGCAUGUAGAUUUCUCCCUUGUCCCACUCCCUUUGCACAGAUGAGACCCGAUCUGUCCCACAGUGGUUUAGGGUGACUUUUUCCUGCUGCUUGUCCUUUGGGGUUCUAGAUAGUCACACAUCCCAGUUUAUGUUUGGGUCAAAUUUGAGCUCUGUUUUGGGGGGUAUUUUGGUACUAUGAUGUGAUCAUCACAUUGUUAAUAAAAGCAUAGCAGCCCAAGAUUUAAGGGGGAAAAAGCCAGGCAAAAAGACCAAGUGUACAGGAAGAGAGCAAAUUAUCAAAGAAUCUGUAAAGGAAGCUAAAAAAGAUGGGUUGUCGCUGCUUUCAUGAGUGAGUCCAGAGUUGUGCCCAAGGCACCUUCUGAGAUGGAUUUUCACAGUGUGGGAAGACCAGAGGCUCCUGUCUUUGGUUAACCGGGACAGAGUGUUACAUUUCUGGUGGCUUAGAAGGUGUCAGGGUCCUGCUCUGGGUCCUUUAAAGGGUGCAGCUGGAAACAGUGGUAGGAGGGAUGGCCUUGCUCUUGUUGAGGCUUGGCCACCUAGACUACGUGGGCUGGGGUGACAGAUUGUCAGGGUCCUUAAAUUAGUGCUUGCUAAGUUGGUCCCUUGUCAUUGGUCUGAGAAAAACUGGGCUAGAGUUGCUUACUGUUAAUUCUGGUGUUUGCUUAUCACUGAAUAAAAGUGAAAACACUUGACA